UCAUUAACACGAGGUUGGGCCUCUACAUGUGGACCUCAUUUUCAGCCCAAAUGAUAGGCCCAUCCACGAGGCCCGUCACAAGAAAGAAAAACAGAAAAUCAAAUAAAAAUAAUAAAUCAUUCUUUUCCUUUUCUUCUUCUUCUUCCUUUCUCUGAGUUCUUGCUCUGUUUUUCUGGAAAAAAUUUGCUGUGAGCUAAGGUAAAAUCGGAUUGAAAAGGAAGAGAAAAGGUUCUUUUUUCAAGAACAGCUUCUCAAUUCUGGUGCAGAUUAAGAAAUGGCUUGCUUUUAUGAUUUGCCAAGUGAACUUGUGGAGAAAAUUAUGUUGUGGGCACCUGCUGAUUCCCUUGUACAAUUUAGAUUUGUGAACAAGUUUUAUCACACCCUAAUUUCAAGUUUGAUCAAAGACCCAGAAUUUGUAGCCAAACACCUCAUCAUUGCCAAAAACAAGUCUUUAGUUUCAUUACUUUGUUUCACAAACCCUUCUCCCAAUGUUGAUCAUCGUUUAGCCACACACCCAUUGUUAAAUAUAAUCUACAAUGAUGUUGAGACCAAUGUUUUGGGAACUGUGGUUGAUACUGUAACUUUACCAGUUUUUCUUAAGGAAGGGUUCAACAAUGUAAUGUAUCACUGUGAUGGACUCCUUUUGCUAGUGAAUAAUCAUGGGAGAAUGAUGUUAUGUAAUCCUUCUUUGAAAGAAUCUGUGAUUCUCCCAAAACCGAUGAAUGUUGGAUUCGAAGCUUAUCCCAAUGUAGGAUUUGAACUCGAUUCUGAAAACAACAAAUACAAAUGUGUUGCCAUUUGGCUCGGUGAAGAUGAAUGUCAAGUUGGGGUAUACACAGUGGGAUCUGAUCAUUGGAGAGAGAUCAAAAUGUCUGAAGACAUAGUUGAUGCUAUAGCCGAUACUCAACUAUGCAACGGGUUAUGUUGGGGAGGCGUUUGUUACUGGAUGGUAGUGAUAAGCGAUGAAGCUAUAUUCAUCCUCAGUUUUGAUAUGAGUAAUGACAAGUUUCGUUUGGUAAAUUUGCCAAAUUUUGAAGCUUUGGGUGUUGAAGAAUGGGCACUCGAAGAAUAUUCACUUCGUUUUGCAGUGUGGAAUGAUUCAGUUGUGUUGUGUUUGACCCCGAACGGUGACAACACCUCUUUUAUCUUCAUGAUGAAGAAAGACGCUGCAGGUGCUUGUUCUUGGACCGAAUACAGGCAGAUUGGACCGCUAGAAAAGCAUUACAGUCAUUUACUAACCUUUUGGAAGAACAAUGAAAUUCUAAUGAAAGUUGUUGGAGAUGAUAGGUCUGCAUUUCAGUUGACUUCUUACAACAUUGGUAAGCAAAAGUUGAGAAAUGUUGUUUAUGAUUUAGAUAGCAACAUGAACAUAUUUUAUAAUUCGGUUUGUUUCUAUGUAAAGAGUUUAAUUUCUGUUAAGGUAAAGAGUAGUAGACCUCCUCUGAAGUAUGUCUACACAAGAAGACCUAAAGUUGCAAAAUUGCAGAGAAGUGAUGAAUAAGUUCAAAGGUUUAGUAGUAAAUAUUGGUAGAUUGGUUUAUAUACUUACAAGAUUAACAGGGGAAUUAAAUUGUUUUAGCAAUUGGUUUGAAUUUUGUAAAUUGUUUUUGUACAGUUCAUUGAACAAAAUAAUCACAUGUUUUGAGUUUUUGAUUUGCAAAAUCCUAAUCAAAGUUGAUUUAAUUAA